ACAAGAUUGGGUGUCUCAUUCAAAGAUAGCACAUGCGUGCUGAAUUGCAAAGCCAUCAAUCUUGUGUUACUGCAAGUAUUAACAGCAUACAUAUCCUCUGCUUCUGGCCACCCUCUCAAAAGUGUCGAUAAAACCUCACCAUGAAAUUCAACUUUGUUGGAUUACGUGUUGCUGUUUGAUUGGUUCGCGUGGCUUGCUAAUGCCUUCUUAAGUUUGCUUUUCUGUCAUUUCCUUUGUGUUGCUGCUCUCAUAACUUUUCUCUGCGUUUCAUCUCGGCCUCAGAUCUGAUCUUUUGAUCCACAACCAUGGCUGAAAAGGUGACUGUCAUGAAACUCAAGGUUGACCUUGAGUGUGGAAAAUGCUGCAAAAAAGUUAAGAAAGUUCUCGCCAAGUAUCCUCAAAUUCGGGACCAGAAAUACGAUGAGAAGGCAAACAUGGUGUUCAUUACGGUGGUGUGUUGUAGCCCCGAGAAAAUCAGGGACAAGCUUUGCUACAAAGGUGGAGGCUCCAUCAAGAGCAUUGAGAUAGUGGACCUAUCCAAGCCCAAGCCCGCUGAGCCUGAGAAGAAGAAGGAGGCCGAUAAGCCCAAGCCCGAACCCGAGAAAAAGAAAGACGCGGAGAAACCUAAAGCUGAGGCUCCCAAACAGGAAGCCGGUAAGCCCAAGGCCGAGCCCGAGAAGAAGAAAGACGGCGGCGAGAAGCCUAAGUCUGAGCCUGAGAAAAAGAAAGACGCGGAAAAGCCUAAAGCAGAGGCUCCCAAAAAGGAAGCCGAAAAACCCAAGGAAGCGGAAAAGCCCAAAGACAAGCCGGCACCUGCUGCGUUACCCGUUCAGCCACAUAUAGCACCACCGAUGGCGGUUCCAAUUGGGAUGCUCUAUGCUCCUGCUCCCUGCUAUGAAGGUAGGCCCGUUGGGCCUUUCUACGAAUACGGUGGGCCCAUGAACUAUUACGACGGGUACUAUGCAAGGCCCGUUUAUGACAGUUACGGUGGUGGCAGGCCCUCUUAUUUGAACAACCGUGGUGAGCAAUAUUUCAGCGACGAGAACCCUUCAGGUUGCACAGUCAUGUGAUUGCAUUAUUGGCUCUGUAAAUGAUGGUGCCCUUUCACUUCGUCUCCGUUUCAUCAUGUUGAACUAUUUCUUUGUUUUUCUUGAUUAAAAUUCAAAGG